AUGAACCAGGGACAACAGCUCAUCUUUAGGCGGAUCCUAUCUUCCGACUCUGGACGAUAUCGCUGUGACACUCAGAAUAAGCUAGGGGAUAAAUGUUUUUUCAUCUCUAUUAACGUAAAAUAUGGGCCUAAACACGUGUAUAUUAAUUCAAGUCCCUCUGGUGAAAUAGAGGAGGGCAGUUCAGUGACUCUGAGCUGCAGCAGUGAUGCCAACCCAGCAGCUGAGUACACCUGGUUCAAGAACAACCAACCUCUGCUCUGGGAACCAAGACAACCUCACACCUUCCCCUCAGUCCGCCCUGAAGACAGAGGAACGUACCGCUGUCACGCAGAGAACAAAUAUGGACAACUGAGCUCUAACUCAAUAUUCAUGGAUGUCCAGUACGCUCCAAAGACCCCCUCAGUGACCGUGAGUCCCUCUGGUGAAAUAGAGGAGGGCAGUUCAGUGACUCUGAGCUGCAGCAGUGAUGCCAACCCAGCAGCUGAGUACACCUGGUUCAAGAACAACCAACCUCUGCCCUGGGGACCAAGUCAACCUCAUACCUUCCCCUCAGUCCACCCUGAAGACAGAGGAACGUACCGCUGUCACGCAGAGAACAAAUACGGACAACUGAGCUCUAACUUGCUAUUCACUAAUGUCCAGUAUGCUCCAAAGACCCCCUCAGUCACCGUGAGUCCCUCUGGUGAAAUAGAGGAGGGCAGUUCAGUGACUCUGAGCUGCAGCAGUGAUGCCAACCCAGCAGCUAACUACACCUGGUUCAAGGAACAUGAAGAAAUGAAAGAAUCAGGACAGAACUACACCAUCACUAAUAUCACAUCUGAGCAUGGAGGAAACUAUUACUGCCAAGCCCAUAAUGCAAUCGGACUUCAUAAUGCUACCUUUUUGUUAAUCCAAGUGACAUCAUCAUCAUCAUCAUCUUCUCAUCGAGCAAUGGUAGCUGUAACAACCAUUGCUGUCCUACUGGCCACCGUACUCCUCCUCGUCUUCCUCUGGAUGAGAAGAAAGAGGGCCUCCAGUAAAGCAUGUGGACAGGGAGGAAGGCCAGAUACCGUGGAGGAGCUACUUCCUGUUCCUGUGUAUGAAAAUGUCCCAGCUCUGACCAAUCGCUUGGCUCAUGCAGCACAGAGAGAACCAAUAGAAGAGCAGGAUGGCCAUCACUGUGCCAUCAUCCACACCUCCUCCUCAGACAACCAGGACGAGGACCAGACGGAGAUGGGAGGAACCUCAGAGCUGUAAGCGCCGUCAAAUAAACACCCCAGAGUGUGAACCAGUAAGGGCAGCAGCAUUUAAAUAGUGUUACUGAAUAUAGUGUCUGAUUCAUCCAGUUGAAACAGGACAAUAGGAUGGCUGAUUGUUUGCUGAACAUCCUAAGGCUGUUUUCUUCUGUUUUCCACUUCUCUAUCAUAAAUAUGGGAUCUUUGCAUCUUAUUAAUGGUAUAUAUAUUUGAGUAUGGUGAUCCUGUGAUUUUCAUCACCAUUAUUGCGCUACAUUAAUCAAUUGUAUAUAUAUUAAUAGAUCAACGUGAAAAUUUCGGUAUCCAAUCUCAUUGGAUCUUUGACCUUACGUAAUGCUUACAUUAACAAAAAAAUGUUUUUCAUCCCUCAUUCUGAUAUUUUUUGAUUUCAACGUUUCUUUAAUAAAUUACUACUUUUAAUGGGUUGACUCCAUCUAU